AUGGAUGAGAGUCAUCGUUCCGGGGAAGGAAACCAGAGUGGAAACCAGGACACCGAGAACACGCAGGGAGAAGCCGACAGGCUGCGAGAAGCCAAGCAGACCAAGGUCGCAGAGAAAGUUGCGCGCAUGGACAUUUGCAUGGCCGAAGUCCUGCGUGCCACGCGGGCACAUCAAGCCUUCCAAAACACGGCAGAAGCACUACGUCCCGACUUUGGGGGGAACUUCUACAGCAAGAGUUUCAUGACCGAGGAGAUCGCAUGCUUUUGGUCACAUUCAUGGCAUGGUGGACAUUGGAUGAAGGUCAUGACGCUUUUGAUUCACUACAAUGGGCAGGCAGCAGUUCUGUUUGGUUCCCUCUUCGCUUUGGUUGCCACGGUUUGCUUCAGCUUGGGGCUUCUACCUGGUAUGGUGCGCUUUCCAGAGGCUCCGGACAUGCAGUGGUCAACCUGGUCACUGGCAAGUGGCUUCACUGCUGCGGUCUUCGUCUUAGUCCUUUGGCGCCCGCAGCAGCUCAUCUUCCUGGACCGGAUUUGCAUCAACAACAGCGACGCGGAGCAGAAGAAAGCCAGCAUUCUGAGCUUAGGUGGAAUCUUGAAGAGGUCACAGAGACUGAUGGUGCUUUGGGAUCCAUCCUGGUGCGAUCGCCUUUGGUGUUUGUUCGAACUUGCUGCCUUCUUGAAGAGUAAGCAGGCCCAAAAGAAUCAAGUGCUACUCGUCCAACCCACGAUCCUCGGUCCAUGCUCGCUGAUCAAUUUCUUUUGCGUGUCUUUCGUGAUGUUGCCAGCGACCACCAUUUCCUUCGCUGGAGGUUCUUUCGGCUUAGUCGUCCCUGCCUUGGGAGUGGUUCUUUUCCUUCUUAUCAGUGGCUGCUUCGUCUUCGCCGUCCUGCGCGCCUAUUUUCGCUCGCUCGAGGCCCUCAAGGAGAGGUGGCAGACCAUGGUGGAUCGGUGGAACAUCCCUUACUUGGGCCGGGCUCGCCCGGUGUCUCGCUUCACUCCAAGUUUCGCAGGGCGGGGCAAUCAACAAAGCCACAACAGCACGUUGCGCAAUCCACCGCAGAAGCUGUUGAACCAGAGCGGGUUUAGUGACAUCAUGGGAGACGCAAAGGGCCCUGGGCCUGACUCGAUGGCCAACGAUGUCGGCUACGUCUGUGCUGUCGUUUCGUCUGAUUUGAACGCCGCCUGGCCCGCCUGGGCCAAUGCUGCCCAGGAGUCUGCAGGGGCCGCCUUCCGGAAAGCGGCGGACGCUGCGCGGGUGCAUGCCGGGCAGGUGAAGGCUGCGGUGGACAGCCAGGUCUGGCCAGGACUGCCUCCCACAGGUGGGGAAGCAUCGCCUUUCGAGUCAGAAGUGCCUUUCCAUGGCUCUUUGCCGCCGGUUCGACUUCGCGUGUGCAGCUGGAACCUCCACGGGAAUAUGAUCGAGGAGUCGGAUGAUGUGCGGAAGUGGCUCAUGCCCGACGACGAGCCGGCGGAUUUGGUGCUCGUGGCGGUGCAGGAGCUGGUGGAUUUGGGGCCAAAGACCGUGGUCAUGAAUCCCAAUGGCGACGAGCAACGGCAGAUGCUCUUGGAGCGUCGAGUGGAGCAAGCCUUGUCCAAAGGUGGGCGCUACGUGAAGGUGUGCGGCUUCGGCAUGGUUGGCUUGGCGUUGCUAGUUUAUAUCCAGCCCUGGUUGGCCUGCGGCCUUCGACAACUUCGCAUUGACCGGGUGAAGACAGGUUUGGAUGGCAUGGGCGGCAACAAAGGUGGCGUUUGCGCCAGGUUCCUGUUGGGCAGCCUUUCCGUUUGUUUGGUGAACGUGCACCUGGCAUCCGGACAACAUGCAACCACGGAGAGGAGUCAACAUUUGGCACAAGUGUUAUCCGAUGCCUUCCAGGGGACCUCUGCCAAAGGUGCCUUGCGCCCCAAGAAGCUAGGCUUCGAGCGAUCUUCGGUGUACCACGUCGAAGCGCAUGAGCUUUGCAUCAUCACGGGUGACUUCAACUCGCGGCUGGACUUGCCCAAAGAGGCUCAGUGGCCGAGUGGACCUCAGGAGGCGUGGCUGGCACGUGACCAGAUCAUGCUCGGCCAGGUGUCAAGCUUGCGCGGCUAUCGAGAAGGAGUCAUCACCUUUGCUCCAACCUACAAGUACAAGAUCGGCACCGACGCCCUCAACACCAAGCGCGCACCGGCGUGGUGCGACCGCGUGGUGUUCAAAUCCGAGGCUCCGUGUCAGCUGCAGUUGUUGGAGUAUGCUUCUCUCCCUGACCUUCGCUUCACCAGUGAUCAUCAUCCGGUCACUGCGCUCUUUGAAGUCGAGUAA